GGUCAAGCUGAGCUGUCGCAUAUCAGAGAGGAAAUAACUUUCUGCCUUCAAGCUCUUUACUUGACUGCCAAGUCAGGGUGCUCUGAGGAAGCCACCUGCUUUUGGGGUGUGCAGCACAGCAGGGAUGGCAGACUUUGGGGUCUCGGCUGGCCAGUCCGUGGCGGUGGUCUGGGAUAAGCCCUCCCCGCUGGAGGCUCUGAAAGACCUGGUGGAAAAGCUGCAGGCGUUAACCGGCAGUGAGGGCCGAGUGUCUGUGGAAAACAUCAACCAGCUGUUGCAAUCUGCACACAAAGAAUCUAGCUUUGACGUUAUUCUAGCGGGUGCAAUUCCUGGAAGCUGCACUCUGCACAGUGCUGAGGUUCUGGCUGAGAUGGCCCGGAUCCUUCGGCCUGGGGGAAGUCUGUUUCUGAAAGAGCCAGUGGAGACAGCUGUAGUUAACGAUAGCAAAGUGAAGACGGCGUCUAAGCUGUGUUCGGCCCUGACUCUGUCUGGUCUUGUGGAAGUGAAAGAGCUGCAUCGGGAGUCCUUGAGCCCUGAGGAGAUACAGUCUGUCCAAGAACAUCUGGGUUACCAUAGCGACAGUUUGGUCUCUGUGCAAAUCACAGGCAAAAAACCCAACUUUGAAGUGGGUUCUUCUAGUCAACUUAAGCUUUCUACUGCCAAGAAGUCUUCUCCUUCGGUGAAGCCUGCUGUGGACCCUGCAGCUGCCAAACUCUGGACCCUCUCGGCCAAUGACAUGGAGGAUGAGGGCAUGGAUCUCAUUGACUCAGAUGAGCUGCUGGAUCCAGAGGAUUUGAAGAAGCCAGACCCAGCUUCCCUGCGGGCCCCUUCCUGCGGAGAAGGGAAGAAGAGGAAGGCCUGCAAGAACUGCACGUGUGGCCUUGCCGAAGAACUGGAAAAAGAGAAUUCCCGGGAACAGACGAGCUCCCAACCCAAGUCGGCUUGUGGAAAUUGUUAUCUGGGCGACGCUUUCCGCUGCGCCAGCUGCCCCUACCUCGGGAUGCCAGCCUUCAAGCCCGGGGAGCAGGUGCUCCUGAGCAACAGCAACCUCAGCGAUGCCUAGGAGGGACCCGCGGGCACACGGCUCCUCCGGCCACUCCUGCCUCAGACCCUGUCUCUGCAUGGGCUCCCUCUCUCCGAAACCCGUUUGCAGGG